AUGGGCCUCGCUGCUCCCAAGAACAAAAUAAAACUCUCCCACGAUCCAAAUAAUACAAGAUGGUCUGGAAAUACCGACAGUUUCGGUCAUCGCAUGAUGAAGUCACAGGGCUGGACACCCGGUGAAUAUCUUGGAGCAAAAGAUGCCGCGCAUGCAGAAUUCCAUACCGAAGCUAAUGCGUCGCACAUUCGUGUGGUGAUUAAAGAUAAUACAUUAGGAUUGGGUGCGAAAAUAGGGAGUGGAGUAGGACAUGGGGAGUGCACAGGUUUAGACGUUUUCCAGAACUUGUUAGGGAGGUUGAAUGGAAAGGAAGAAGCGGAAAUCGAAAAAGAACAGAAAGGGAGGGAGGACUUGAAGAGAGCAAUUUACGCGGAGAGGAAAUGGGGGAGCAUUAGAUUUGUCAAGGGAGGGGUUUUGAUUGGUGAUAAAAUUCAGGAUUUGAUUGAUGGAGAGAAGGAGAGACUUAAAGCUUUGGAGAUCAAAGAGAAGGCAGCAGAGAGUAGUAGUGAGGAAAGUGAUUCUAGUUCAGAUGAGGAGGAAGAAGAGAAAUCACCAGAGCCUGUGACCGAGAAGAAGAAGUCGUCGAAACGAAAGAGAGAGGAACAGGAAGACGAAGAGAAGACAUCCAGCAAGAAGAGCAGGAAGGAGAAGAAGGAGAAAAAGGAAAAGAAAAGCAAGAAGAGGAAGAGUGAAGAUGAGGAUGAUAAAGACAAGUCCGAAUCCAAGAAAUCGAAAAAAUCCAAGAAAGAUCGCAAGUCGAAAUCGAAAUCUACCUCCGAAUCAGAAAAUGAAACCUUAGACGAAUCCGCAUUGAAGGCACGCAAAAAGGAAAAGAAAGAGAAGAAGCGAAGAGAGAAAGAAGCAGCAGGCGUGGACACCGAAGAAACAACCUCUACCUCCAAAUCCUCCAAGAAAUCCAAGAAAGAUAAACAUAAAUCAUCCUCCACAUCCGAAACCUCCACCAAGGAGAGCACACCAAUAGUCUCAGAAAGUAGUGGAAGAUCAACGCCGAUGGGUAUACGCUCUAUACGAGCUCGACAUAUCGCGCAGAAGAGGAUGGCUAGUAUGGAUGUUGCAAGUUUGAACCAGAUUUUCAUGAUUAAAUCGUAGACAUAAUGUUCAUGGUUCUGAAAAUAUAGAGCAGAUUUGAGAGAGAAAGGAACAGAAAAGGAAGUAAAGACAAUAUUAUAACUAUACCAAUUUUUUGGAGCGAUGUUUUCCUGUGGUAAGAAAGACAAAAGAUACAGGUACAGGUAAAGAUAUACCGUACAAUACUGAGAAGGAGUAAACACCCUACCUCCAUUCAAUAACCCUUCAUAUGUAUGUAGGGCGUCAAAGUCAGAGUCACAGCAGAAUAACCAAAAUUAAUACAACCCCAGAAUUUUCUCAUGAACCAUAGUUAUUAAUCAGUUCGGGGCUUGCGAAGAUGAGGACACACACACCAAGUACAUUGUCGAAUGUGCCAGGACAAUCAAUCAAUAAUAAGUCGGGAUAAAAAGUCACAACUGGAAAUUAAGAUC